UGAAAAUGCAAUAACUAUUGGUUUAUGCACAAACAAGUCAGUUCUCAAAUGUGCACAAGAGUGCUCUUGAGUGUUUGUAGAUUCUGGUCUUACCUAAGAACAAGAAAACAUUGGUGAAUGCCAGAAUCUUUGUAAAAACUGUGUACUGUGGGUUUUAAGAACAAAUUUCUUCCUAAGAACAGUUGGUGAAUGAGGCCCAUUGUCUUUGAUUCUCAUUUACAGAACAAUUUCGGUUUACAAACAAAAUAAUUUCUUUUCAGGCAUACUCAAAAAAGGAACAACUAAAGGAGAGAUGAAAUUCACUGAAAUUGAUAAUCACAGCCUGUAACUUUAAAUGGCCAUGGCCGCAAGCCUGCAAUACCGUGACAGGUCUAUAUGCAGUCCUCCUGCUGUUGCCUGCCUAGCUUGCUUCAAUGUUCACAUCCCAUGACACACAUAGCUGUUCACUGGCUGAGGCAGCACCUGCUGUGUUUUUGUGGAGGCACAAAAAGAUGGCCUGCUUGUGUCCAAAUUUGGUUCAAGAGACACAGGUUCUUGGGGUGAAGGUCGAAGAGAGAGAGUGCUGGAGAAAUGAAGACUGUUCGAAUCGAAGGUCGAAGCGAGACAUUUGGAGAAGAGGAGAUAUUGAAGUUCCGGGGUUUAACUGUCUUGUCUCAUCUCUUGUCUCAUCAUCUGGAAGUUCAAUAACUGAAAAUAAGCUCAUAAAGAACGAAAGACAACUUUGCAGGCUUCCAAAACUCAGACAGAAAAAACAUCCCAUGUUGUUCUGUAAUGUGACAUUCUUUGCCAUGUCUGUUAAGAUACACCUGUGAACGUUCCGUAGGCUAUCUUCCUGUAGCAUUACAUGUUUAGAGCCUGAUUUUCCAUGUAAGCUUAUUUCAAAGUUGAACUGACAGUUUAUUCACCCAGUGAGACUAAAACUAGCAUGUGCUAAUUUUUCUUCAGUCUGUCUUCUUUUAAAUGUUUAUGAUUUGGAUGUUUUUAGGUCUGGUCCACUCUGCCUGAAGCAUCCCAGAAUGAGGCCAGGGAGAAGGAGGUAGAUAGAAAGAGACAGAGGGGGAGAGUAACGGAGAGAGGAGGUAGAAACAGAGUGUGAGAAAAAGUGUGAGAAGUAGUGUGUGUGUGUGUGUUUGUGUGCAUGUGCGAGUGUGUGUGUGUGAGAGAGAGGUACUGUAGAUGGUGGGUGAAGAAAAUUAGGACACUAUGACACCAAUGCAAGAGAGACUAUUGCAUUGUGGGAUACCCAUAAAUCCAGGUGAUAUAGGUAAAGUGAGUGGUGUCCCACUUCAGCAUUUUUAGGUCUGCUCCUCUUCUGCCUCUGCCUGGACAACGCAUAGCCACCGCCACAGUCUCCUAUCUCUCUCUCUCUCUCUCUCUCUCUCUCUCUCUUUUUCUGUCUCUCUCUCUCUCUCUGCAACAAGGUUGAUACCACACACCACGUCCUGCCACAGUCACCACCCAGGAGUCCACUGGAACUGGAUCAUUCACUGCAGACUGUCCACGCGGCUAACGGGAACAUGGAUUCGAAGGGCCUGGAGGAACGCUGCAAUCGCAUCCUGCGGGAGAUGGAGGGCUCGCUGACGGCCCGGGACCGGGUGGGUAUCCAGGACUUUGUGCUGCUGGACAACUACACCAGCGAGAGCGCCUUCCUUGACAACCUGAGGAAACGCUUCCAUGAAAACCUCAUUUACACCUACAUCGGGACUCUCCUCGUGUCAGUCAACCCUUAUAAAGAACUGGGCAUCUACUCCAAAAAGCAGAUGGACAUAUACAUGGGAGUUAACUUCUUCGAACUGCCACCACACAUCUUUGCACUAGCAGACAAUGUUUACCGCACCAUGCUCAGUGAGACGAACAACCACUUCAUUCUGAUCUCGGGGGAGAGUGGGGCGGGAAAGACAGAGGCCUGCAAAAAGGUCCUGCAGUUUUACGCUGUGAGCUGCCCAAGUACCAGGGUACUGGACAAUGUCAGAGACCGCCUGCUCCUCUCCAAUCCUGUUUUAGAGGCUUUUGGAAAUGCAAAGACAUUGAAGAAUGACAAUUCAAGCCGCUUUGGGAAGUACAUGGACAUACAGUUUGAUCACAAAGGUGGAGCGGUCGGAGGCCAUAUUCUCAACUACCUGCUGGAGAAGUCCAGGGUGGUGCACCAAAACCAUGGCGAGAGGAACUUCCACAUCUUCUACCAGCUGGUGGAGGGUGGGGAGGAUGAGUUGCUGCGGUGGUUGGGCCUAGAGAGGGACUGCCAGAAGUACAGCUGCCUUGUUCGGGGUAACUGUGCCAAGGUGAGCUCCAUCAAUGAUAAGAGUGACUGGAGGACAGUGCAGAAAGCUUUUACAGUGAUUGACUUCAGUGAGAGCGAUGUGGAGCACCUGUUGGCGAUCAUUGCUAGUGUUCUUCACCUGGGAAAUGUCCAGUUUGAGAAAGGUGUGAGGGGUUAUGCCACCCUGAACAACAGCCUUGAAGUACACUGGCUUUCGAAGUUGCUUGGGAUUCCGCCACAGAUUCUGCAGCAGGGUUUAACUCACAGGAAGAUUGAAGCCAAAUCUGAAGAGGUACUCAGUCCCUUCACCAUAGACCAUGCAAAAUACGCUAGGGAUGCACUCGCCAAAGCCAUCUACGGCCGCACAUUCAACUGGCUGGUGGGCAAGAUCAAUGAGUCUUUGGUUAACAAGGAUUCAACAAGGAAGACCGUCAUUGGCCUGAUAGAUAUCUAUGGAUUUGAAGUCUUCCAAACCAAUAGUUUUGAACAGUUCUGCAUAAACUACUGCAAUGAGAAGCUACAGCAGCUCUUCAUCCAGCUGACACUAAAAUCUGAGCAGGAGGAGUAUGAAACAGAAGGGAUCGAGUGGGAACCAGUGCCAUACUUCAACAACAAGAUCAUCUGUGACCUUGUGGAAGAAAAACACAGAGGCAUGAUCUCCGUCCUGGAUGAGGAGUGCUUGCGCCCUGGGGAGGCCACCGAUCUCACCUUCCUGGAAAAACUGGAGGAAACGCUGAGUGGACACCCUCACUUCAUCACGCAUAAACUGGCAGACCAAAAGACCAGGAAGACCCUUGAUCGAGGAGACUUCCGUUUGAUUCAUUAUGCUGGGGAGGUCACAUACUCCGUUAAGGGAUUUCUAGAUAAAAACAAUGAUCUCCUGUAUAGGAACAUAAAAGAGGUGAUGCGUCAGUCCCAAAAUAAUAUCAUCAAGCACUGCUUUCCAGCCAGUGAACCUGACAGCAAACGAAGACCAGAAACGGUAGCCACACAGUUCAAGACUAGCCUCACGGGCCUAACGGAGAUCCUGAUGUCGAAGGAGCCCUGGUAUGUGCGUUGUGUGAAACCCAACGAUGGCAAACAGCCAGGACGAUUUGAUGAUGUAAUCGUGAGACACCAGGUGAAGUACCUGGGGCUGAUGGAACAUCUCCGGGUCAGGCGGGCAGGCUUUGCUUACAGGAGGAGAUACGAGGUCUUCCUACAGAGGUAUAAGCCCCUGUGUCCAGACACCUGGCCAAACUGGAAAGGAACCGCAGCUGAAGGUGUGCAAAAGCUGGUCGAACACCUGGGAUACAAAAAAGAGGAAUACAAGAUGGGCAGAACAAAAAUCUUCAUCCGUCAUCCGAGAACCUUAUUUGCCACUGAAGACGCAUUUGAUGUUUGCAAACACCAACUGGCCACCAGGAUCCAGGCGAAGUAUAAAGGGUACCGCGUGAAAGGGGACUUCCUCAGGCAGAAGGAGGCUGCCACAAAGAUCGAGAACUGCUGGAGGGGUAUGAUGGCCAGAAAAGAGAAGGAGAGAAGAGCAUGGGCUGUCAAAGUCAUUAAGAAGUUUAUUAAAGGUUUCAUGACCAGAAACCAGCCAGUGAGUGUGGACAACUCUGAGUACUUGGCCUUUGUGCGCCACAACUACCUCAUGAGACUGAAGGAUAAUCUGCCCAAAACUGUUCUGGAGAGACACCUCUGGCUCACCCCUCCUCCCAUCAUGAAGGAGGCCUCAAAACUAUUACGCAAACUCUACACUCGUCACAUGGUGUGGAAGUACGUAAAAGGGAUGACCGCACAGAGAAAAGCACAGCUUCAGCUGAAAGGACUGACCAGUGCGCUGUUCAGAGGCAAGAAGGAGAACUACCCCAACAGUGUGGGACGCCCAUUCGCCGACACAAGGAUAAAUGAACAAGACAUCAACAUUAAAGUCUUGCAGACACUUUGUCAGGAGGGUGUAAAGUAUAGCGUUCCUGUCAUCAAGUAUGACCGCAAUGGCUUCAGACCCCGUUUCAGGCAGCUUAUCUUCACACAGGUCGCUGCCUACCUGGUGGAGGAGGGCAAGGUCAAGCAAAGGAUGGAGUACAGCUCACUAAAAGGUAUAUCUGUAAGCAACUUGAGUGACAACUUCCUGAUUUUCCAUGUCUCAUGUGAUGCCAAGCAGAAGGGGGACGUUGUUCUGCAGUGUGAUUAUCUGUUUGAAGCCCUCACCAAACUGUGUGUGGUGAUGAACAGGAAAAGCAUUUUCAGCAUCGUCCAGGGAAGCGUAAGAUUUGACAUCCACCCUGGCCGAGAGGGGUUUGUGGACUUUAAGAGUGGUUCAGAGUCCAUGGUAUACCGGGCCAAGAAUGGUCAUCUUAUGGUGGAAUCAACAAAGACAAAAUCCCGAUGACCUUCAAGUACUGGAGAUCUAGGAUGCACUUAUAGCUCCUCCAAAAACAGCCUCAGUCCCAUUUCAUCUGGUCAUUUGAUUUCAGACUGAAACCAAGUAACUCCAAGAUGGCUGCCAAGCCAUGUCCAUCCAUAGACUUUUUUCUACAAAUCUGUGGACAAUGGUGUGAUCUUACGAUUCAAGAUGCCCUCACCAACAGCUCUAUAUCUCCACAGAGAACAAAAACACAGCUACUCACUGCUAUCAUCAAGUAGUUAUUAUAAUACAUAUUCCAUGGCGCAAGAUUAUUGUUAAAGCCACAUUCUGCUUGUUUAGAGACAUAAGACAGAGCAAUAUCCCUACACUUUGGCAGGUCAUGUAGUUCCCUUGUAUAAACUAGACAUCACAAAAUGGCAGUAAUGUAAAAUCUAAUAAUUAUAAUAAUAGAUACAUAAAUUGACUAGAAAUUGAGACAAUUAUGUUUUUCUAUUGUUUUGGCAAUCUUUGUGUAGUCAGAAUUGUUUUCCUUAAGAUUUUAAAAUGACCAACACCAAUAAUAAGGUCAGUACACAUACUGGUGCAAAACUUUAAGUGUGUUUAAAAAUGUAAUACUUUUUGUGUUGUAUAGGUUGUAUAGGUUUGGAGGAUGAUAUUUGUCUCACUGAAUAGCGAUGUUAUAUUUGUGUAGAUGUACAUUAGCCUACUGUACAUUGUAAAACAAGUGUCACUUCUCCAAAAGCCACGUUAGUUUUAGUUAACGACAAGUCCAUCCAUCCGGUUUUAUUGGCCAAAUGCCAUUGGAAUCUAGUCCUUAGCCUCACAAAGCCAGUCAUACAUUAUAAUAUAUCUGAAAUCAACCAGAUAUGAAUAUGGUCUGUGGUUUACAGAUUCAGAUGGCAACAUUUUGUUUUUUAGGGGGGGAAAGUCAGUUCUGAUCCUGUCUGUUCAAAACACCAUACACCACAACUGCAACUACAGUAUACUGUGUACCCUUAACUGUGGAAUUGGACAGAAUUCCUCCCUCAUCACUACACACAGGACAAGUUAAUUUUCAAAAGAUGUCAAAAUACUGUACAGGUUGUAAGACAUAACUGUUAUUUUAUGAACUAGCCAUGUGUAUCAUACUUUUAUACUUCCACCAAGAACCUGCUUUACAAUAAAGACAAGACCAAAAGUCGCACUUGUGUACAAAUAUUUAAUGUAUUUAUUAACAUAAAAUACAGACUAGUUUUAGUAAAUACAAUCUUGUGCAAAUACAGUUCUCAUAUGAAAUGAUUGUUUUACUGCAAAAUGUCA